AUGGCUGGAGUCGUGGAGCAGAAAAGCGGGCUGGUGCGCAGCAAGCUCGGCGAGGCCGGCAAGAGGAAUGGCCUGAUCCACACCAGAAGCCUCGUGUCUGAGAGCAGGGAUGGCCUGGUGUCCGUGUACCCGGCGCCCCAGUACCAGAGCUGCCGGAUGGUGGGCAACGCGGCACCGGCCGCCCCGGACGGCAGCAGGAACAAGCCGGUCCAGCAGCUGCUGGACCCCAACACCCUCCAGCAGUCGGUGGAGUCCCUCUACCGGCCCAACAUCAUCCUCUACUCGGAGGGAGUGCUGCACCCCUGGGGGGACAGCGUGGCGGCCGACUGCUGUGAGACCACCUUCAUCGAGGACCGGUCGCCCGCCAAGGAGAGCCUGGAGUACCCCGACGGCAAGUUUCUCGACCUCUCGCCCGAAGACAUCAAGAUCCACACGCUCUCCUACGACGUGGAGGAGGAGGAGGAGGAGUUCCAGGAGCUGGAG